AUGACUUCAGAAAUAAAAGAAAAAGAACAAUUUGAAAUCGGCGUCGUUGGUGACACUGAGACUGGAUCCAUCGAGGUUUAUGAUGGAGAAAUCAAAAACGUUAAAUCACAACAAUUGGAAGGUACUGAGCAUGCUGUUGGCCUUGAUCUCUUCCAAGAAGUUUUGGACAGUGACUUGAAAUACGAUGACAAAGAGUACUCCAAAAUCAGACGUAAGAUUGAUACCUGGUUAUUACCAGUGCUUUGUAUCACAUACAUGCUUCAGUUCUUGGAUAAGUUAUCGUUGAAUUAUGCUUCUGCAUAUUCCAUGAAGGAGGAUCUUGGUCUUGUUGGGAAUGAGUACGGUAAUAUUGCCGCUAUCUUCAAUGUCGGGUAUUUGAUCGGUUCCAUUCCAGCAAACUACGUUAUUCAAAAACUUCCAGUGGCCAAAUACACAGGUGUCGCCUUAUUCGUUUGGGCAAUUUUGUUGAUUGGACAUAUUGGAGCUACGAACUACUCAUCAAUGAUGGCAUUGAGAUUCUUAUUAGGAUUGAUGGAAGCAUCAAUCUCUCCAUCCAAUAUGAUGAUGUGUGCCAUGUUUUACAACAAGAGAGAACAACCAUUCAGAAUGUGUACAUUUUUGUCUAUGAAUGGUGUAGCGACAAUGGUUGGUGCGCUAUUGGCCUACGGGUUGGGUCAUGCCACUAACACUUCUUUGCAACCAUGGAAGUUGAUUUUCUUGGUUUUCGGCAUAAUGAAUCUUGUAUGGUCCGCUGUGUUCUUGUACAUUGCACCUGACUCUCCAGCUAAUGCUAAAUUCCUAACUCAUGAGGAAAAAUUGAAGGUCAUCGACCACGUUUCAAAGAACCAAAUGGGUAUCAAGGAUACUAAAAUAAAGCCAGAUCAAUUCAAGGAAGCCAUGCUCGAUUUGAACAGUUGGAUUUUAGCGUUCAUCGGUUUGGGUUGCGGUGUUAUUAACGGUUCCACAUCCAACUUCAUUUCCUCUUUGAUUAAAGGUUUCGGUUUCUCUGGCUUGAAUGCAACUUUGUUACAAUUACCUACAGGUGCCAUUGAAUUGGUGGUUGUGUUUGCAGCUGGUAUGGUUGCCCUAUUCACUAACAAAAACGUCCGUGUUAUCCUAUUGUUCUUGACAUGUAUCCCAACCCUCGGAGCUUUGAUUGGAAUCAGAUUAAUCCCAUUAAGUGAAAAAUGGAGUUUGGUAGGAUGUUGUUGGUUAUUGUACAUCAUUGGUGGUCCAGUGAUUAUGUGUUGGGUCUUAAUUAAUGUUACUGUUGCUGGCUCAUCGAAGAUAUCUACAGUUAAGAUCGUAUGGUUUAUUUUCUACACUGCGGGAAAUAUCUGUGGUUCCAAGAUCAUGUACGCUAACGAAGCGCCAAGAUACGACUCCGGUAUGAAGGGUUUGAUCACCUGCUAUAGUGGUAUGAUGUUCUUGUGUAUCGUUUAUUACUUCUUGAUGUACUACAGAAACAAGAAGAGAGACGCUGAAUACGGUGAACUAACCCCAGAAGAUGAAAAGGAAGGUGUCAUCAAUGGGUUCAAGGAUUUAACAGAUUUCCAAAACCAAUUCUUCAGAUACGUCUACUAA